AUGCAACAAGGAAAACGACAAUACAAUCUUGGUGCAUUAUAUAAUACUCAAUAUAAUAUGUACCUUCAACAAAGUCAACAGCAAUAUCACCAAUCUACUUUUUAUCAACAACCUAUUCAAUAUUCUGGUAGAGGAUAUGUUCAACAACCUCAAUUUCAACAAAACACUUUUAGCCCUUAUCUUAAUCAACACCAAAUCGCUGUUCCUCUGCAACCAUCACAACCAAAUCAAUCAAUAAUAACAAAUUUCUUUGAUGAUGAUAAUUUUGGUGAUUUUGUUGGUCAACAAUUUACUCAACAACCACAACAAUCUGUUCCACAACAAAAACCAUUAAAAAAAGAUACAACAAAUGACAUGUUUGCUAUAGUCUCAGAAAAUAGGCAAAAAAGAUUGUCCAGUCAAAACCCUGUUGUUCCUCCAGUUCAAACUACUACUCUUAUAGAGUCACAACGUGAUAAAGAUUCUGUGUUUAACGAUUUUGGGUUUGAAAGUGAAGAUGAAAAAGAAAAUAAACAACCACCUUCUAAAACAACUCAAAACGGUCUUAUAGAAAAACCAACAACAAAACCAAAAAUUAACUAUCUUGACCUUUACUUAAGUGAUGACUUCUCUCAAAAUAAACCAGUUCAAGAAGACCUAGAACCUAUUGCCACAUCUGUUAAUCAACAACAGCAACAACCAACAACUGCUAUCUCUCAACUACCUCCUAAAACAUCUUCUACUAAUCAAAUCAGGAUAUUUCCAUAUCCAACAAAACCUAUUUCUCCAAACUCUUCUCAUCAAGUCACAGUCCCUCAGUUUGUUAAUACACAAACUCCUACUGACGACUUUGACUUUGAGGAAUUUGUUGAAGCAAAACCAGCCAAUAACCCAGAGACAUCCACAGAAAAGAUAAACUUCUUUAAUGAAUGGAACGAUAAUUCUAAUAAAGAAGUUAAGAAAACUGAUGAUGUAUUACCUAGUACCAAUACUAACCAACCAAAACAACCACAAAAUACUGUUGUUAUGUUUGAUUUAAUUGGAGAAGAAAGUAAGGAAGAAUCAGUCUCUAGUUCAGAAACUGAAACUACAGAAGAAAAAAAAUCAAAAGUUCUUAUGUUUAACUCUAAUGAAGAAGAACCAAAAGCAGAGUCUAAUCUAACAAUUACAAAAGAAGAACCAGAACAAGACAAUGGAUUUGUUAUUGAAGAUGAAACAGAAGAAACAAAAGAGUGUAAAGAUUGUGGGUUUGUGCUAAUGGAUAUUGAUGAUGUAAAAAUUCAAGAUUUGAGACAAAAAGAGAAUGAAUUUAUUAUUCAUACUAAAUCCAAUGAGGUUCCAAAAGAGAAUAACAUAAAAAAUAAUGACAAAGUUCAAGAACUAAUUCAAGAAAGUCAAGGAGAUCUACCUACUGUAAUUCAAAAAGAAUCAGUAGAACCAUUAAAAGGUUCUAUUAUUGAUGGUCUUGAAAACCUACAAGAAACUAAGGAAAAUGAAGUAACAACAAACAAAGAAACAGAAAUAAAGGAUAAAGAAAUAAAAGAAAAUGAAUUAACAACUAAAGAUGAAGAAACAAAAGAAAAUGAAACAACACAAAAAGAUGAAGAAACAAAAGAAAAUGAAACAACACAAAAAGAUGAAGAAACAGAAAUAACAAUUAAAGAUAAAAUAACAAAAGAAAAUGAAACAAUAAAGAAAGAUGAAACAAUAAAGAAAGAUGAAACAAUAAAGAAAGAUGAAACAAUAAAGAAAGAUGAAACAAUAAAGAAAGAUGAAACAAUCACUUCUCAAGAUAAAAUAAAAAAAGAUGAGUUGAAAAAACCUCCAAAAAAAGAUUAUUUAGCUUUGUUUGAUCUUGAAGAUAUUAAACCAUUCACUUCACAACAACUACCUUUAAAUGUUCAAGAACAAAAUCAUGAGACUAUACCAAUACGUUCUUCUCAAUCCAAUGAUGAAAGUCAACCAAAAGAAGACAUGAACAAACAAACGUCUAUCAAAGAAGAAAAAUUAACGCCACCUCAAUGCCAACCAGUUCCACCUUCUGUUACUGAAGUAAACUUUGACGAUUUUGGUGACUUCACAGAAUCAACUUUACCUUCUGAAAAAUCUCUUGAACUGCCUGUCAACCAACUAAAAGACGUACAAGAAGAAACAACUGAUGCUAUUUCACAAAAACUACCUCAGCCUGAGUCUAUUCCUCCUAAAGUAAAUCAAACAACAACGCCUUCAUUGUUUGAUUUUGGAGAUUUUUCCUCAUCUCAAGAAAAACCAAAUCAAAGUCCUGAUGACAUCUUUUCUUUUGAUGGUUUUACAUCAGCCCCAGCACAAACAAGUCAGAAAGAAAAUACAAAACAAGAAGAGACUAAAGUCCAACCAAUUAUUGACACUAAUCAACCCACACCUCAACAACUUAACUCUGAUGAACAAACAACAACUGAAAGUAAACAAAAAGACACCUUUGAAGAUGACUUUUCAGAUUUCUUUGUAUCUUCCCAAUGA